UUUAAUAAUUGAAAAUUUAGUCCUCCACCCAUCUACAAAUUGAUACCGUAGCAAGCCAAUGUCCCUAAGCGCACCGUUUUAGGGUCCUCGGAAUCAUCAUUGUGGUGCUGCUGGUAUAGUCUCAAGUGAGCAGCAGAAUCUGAUUAUUCCGACAAACCUUCAGAAUUUCCAGUUCAGUUCCUUCCUUCUUCGCUAUUCGAUCUCAUUCAAAUCCAAACCCUAAACCCUAAGACGACAGACUGCCAAUGCGAAAAUGGCAGAGAAAGGCAGCAACAGCCAAUCGCGGCGUGUUUCGGGCUCCAGACAAACUCGAUCGCAGGUGGCACCGGACUGGUCUGCGAUCGACACGCUCAUUCUCGUCAACGAGAUCGCCGCCGUCGAAGCCGAUUGCUUGAAAGCUCUGUCUACGUUCCAGAAAUGGAAGAUCAUUGCGGAGACAUGCACAGCUCUUGGUGUGGUGCGGAAUUCGUCUCAGUGUCGCAGGAAAUGGGACUCGUUGCUUCUCGAUUACAACAGAAUCAAGCAUUUGGAGUUGCAGUCUGGGGGCGAGUCCUAUUGGUCCUUGAAUGUCGAAACGAGAAAAGAGUUUGGGCUUCCGGAAAAUUUCGAUGGCGAGCUGUUCCAAGCAAUCGAUAAUCUUGUUAGGGCACGAGAGGAUCAAUCGGAUACCGACCCGGAUAAUGACCCGGAAUCGAGAUUUGAGAUGCAUUAUGUUGUUAAAGAAUUAGGGUCCAAGCAGCAAAAACGGAGGUUAACACAUCAAAAAAGCUCUGCGGUAGAAAAUCGAACCAAAUCUUUUGCAGAAGAAAAGCCUUCGAAAAGCCUUGUAGAAGAAAAACCUGUGAAAUACGUUGUUGAUGAAAAUGUUCCAAAAAGCAGCACGGAAGAGUAUCCUAUAAAAAGCCCUGCAGAAGAAAAGCUUCAGUGGAGCAGUGUGAAAGAGAAAGCCCAAAAAGGCCGUGCGAAAGGAAAGGAGAUAACUGGCAUUGAAGAGAAGGAGCAAAUGAUGGCUCUGAUAUUGCAAGAAAAUGCAGAAAGGAUACAUUCUAUUGUCGCUGAGAGUGCAGAUUAUAGGGCUGCAGAUGUUAAGGGUGCUAAGGCUGAAUUUGUUUUUGAUAAAUCUGAGGUUGAAUUUGUUAGAUCCCAAGGAGAUAAGCUCAUUGCAUGCCUUGGGAAUAUUGUGAAAACCCUUGACCAGCUCUACCAUGAUGUCCAAGAAUGUGAAUAAAAUACCUUAACACAUCCUCCAAGUAAUGUGAAUAUUAGUUGAGAGUUUGAUGUCAAACUUUCCCUUGAAAUGCUGAUUAUAAAGUUUCUGUGUGGUUUUACGCAGAAGAUUUUGAUUCUAAA